AUGCCGGACCCAGGUCUCUCGCAAUUCACGACGGUCUUCCGCGCCUCCGAGCCGCGCCGGAUCAAGCGCAACAGGCAGCCCGUGUCAUGCACCGCCUGCCAGAAGCGCAAGUCGCGAUGUGACCGCCGGCAGCCGUGCGCCGCGUGCGAGAAGAGAGGCGACGCACCAAGCUGUCAUUUCGGCCCAACCGCCUCUGCCGCCGCCGCCAACCCAGGGCAAAACCGCACCGAGGUGCAGGACCGCCUGAGCAAGCUGGAAGCGCUGGUGAAGCAGCUCGCCGAGGAGCAGACGGGCGCCAGGCACGGCGUGCACGUCCAGGAUGGCCAUGUCGACGUGCAUACCUCUCGGGCAGAGGACGCGGCGCGGUUGGAGUAUCGAGGGCCGACGUCGUGGGCCUCUGUGGUCGACAAUAUCCACGACAUACAAAGUGCGCUCGAGGCGGAAGAUAGUGACCAAGGACCAGAGUCGGAUGUCUUGGACGUGACAGACAUUUUGUGCGGGUCAUCCAGGACGACGAUGGAUGAGAUCUUGCAGGUUCUCCCGUCGCGCACGGAUGUCGACAAGCUCAUCUCGGCGUACUUGAAUGCCAAGUUCAUGUCGAUACCUUUUAUCCAUCCUGGGCAGUUCCGCCGCCAGUACGACAAGUUCUGGGCCGACCCAACCUCAAUAAGCAUGUGCUGGAUCAGUAUUCUAUUCUCGAUCAUGAGUUGUGGAAUCAAAAUUACCCUUGUCAAGACUAUAUCGCUGUCCUCGGGCCCAGAGAGCCGGGAUGCCUCAUUGUACAUGAACAUGGCAGCCAAAUGCCUCGUCACGGGCCAGUACCUCAAAGGAAGCCCGCACUCUGUGGAAGCCCUCAUUGCUCACGUUCACUCGCGGCACAUUCAUGGACAGGACAGCGACGCCACCUUGUGGACCAUGUUUGGCACCGUUGUCAGGAUGGCGCAGCGCCAUGGCUACCAUCGAGAAGCACACAAGGUCUCUGCCAAGAUAAGCCUCUUUGAAGCGGAAAUGAGGCGCAGGGUGUGGUUCACCAUCAUGUCCUACGAUCUGCUAUGGUCCAUCCAGCAGGGGAUGCCACCCAUGAUCCACGAGGACACUUGUGACACUGCUCUCCCUUUGAACAUGGCCGACGAAGACUUUGAUGAGAACAGCAUGAAGUUAGUGCCCCGGCCAGCGACGGAGCCACUGCCCAUACUGGCCUACAUUACAAAGUAUCGACUGUUGCAUAUACUCCAUCCCGUUGUACGACACGCACUUGGCAUCAAACGCGGAACGGCAGCCGACGCGGCAGCGUUGGGCACAGCGCUGGACAAGUGGCACGAGAAUGUCCCAGCGUGCCUCAAGUACAGGCCCAUACGCGAGUCGUCCUUCACCGACGCCAGCCACACCAUCUACCACAGGAACAUGCUCGAGAUGACGUACCACACCUCUCGAUGUGUACUGAUGAGGUCGUUCCUGUCGAGCCGGGGCCAGUCCGGCAUCUACACGCAUGCCCUUGCGAUUUGCCGUGAGUCGGCGUUGCAGCUGAUUGCGAUGCAAGUGGACGUGUAUAGCGAGACGCAGCCUGGCGGGCGUCUGUACGAGGACCGUUUCAUGGUGUCCAGCCUUUCCCUGUUCAGCUUCCUGAUAGCGGCCAUGAUCCUUGUUCUGGAACUGCACGACUACGACCAGAUGCCGUACGUGUUCCCCUGCGCAAGCCCGGCUUGUGAGUGCUGCCAAAGGGCCAGUCAGGAAGAGAGGGCACAUUGCACGCAAGUCCUGCGUUCCACGCAGAAGAUGUGGGAGACCCGAAGCGACACCUCGGCCGAUGCUGCGCAUGUCAAGAGGAUCUUGAAAGCCAUGCUGCGCUGCGUAGAUUCUCCAGGCUGGCAGUCGGAGUCGGACACGCUGUGUCGAACGACACAUGCCCAGGAGGAGGAGCCUGAGAAGGCGUCCGAGAGGAAUCCGUGGUCUGACGGUGUCCUGCCAACAGGUUCCCACGGGUUCCCGGAAGGCAGUGUCGGAUUUGAUGCAACGCUGCCAAUGGAGAGCUUCUUCAACGAUGUUGAAGGGCUGGACUGGGUAGGCCCCCAUCCCCCCGGCGCUGAACCCAUGAAGCUUCCUGAGAUAUUGACAAUGACGGCAGAACUCUAUAGAUAG